AUGAGUUACGAAGAGAAUAAUCAAGAGAAAAAGCAGCUUGACCCAAAGAUUGUAGAGCUCCGUAGACUUUAUGAAGCCGCAAAGCCUAAAUCUCUGAGUGAAACACAGCGCAAAAAUAACAUUCGCGAACUUUUUGAAUAUAUUAAGCCAGAUUUUGAGAAAUUAAUCAGAAGACCAGAUGGAUCACGUGCCGCACAGCUUGUUUUCCAUCGUGGUGAUGAAGAAGUUCGCAAUGAAUUCCUCGAACUCCUGAAACCUCAAUUACUUAACAUUAUUCAAAGCAGAUACCAAUAUCGUAUUGCUCUAGCUAUCAUCAAAGACUCAACUACACAACAAAGAGAUCAAAUCUUCGAAGCACUUUACGGCGAAUAUUCAAUUCUUGUUAAACACAGAUAUGGAUGCAUUGUUGUUGAUGCAUUAUACGAAAAAAUCAAUCGUGAACAGAAAAACAAAAUGUUAUUCGAUAUUUGCUGGGAUAACAAGCGUGGAAAAGUCAAAUUAACAAUAGAUAAGAUCAAGAAGUACAAUUUCAAGUCUACAACAGGCGGAUCUGAUGAUGCAGGUCCUCGCGGUAUCACAUUCGAUCAAAUUGUUUCCAUUUCUCAACAAAUCGCCAAAGAUCUUAACAGAGGCGUAAUUGUUGAAGCCAAGAAGUACAAUCUCAACACACUUGACUGGACACUCAAAUUACUUGACUUUGCAGGCGAUAAACACCUUGCUCAGUUCAAAGUCAUCCAAUCUGUUAUUCUCAUCGUUGGCGAGCACGACCCAUCAACUCUCGGUAGCCACUUAGUCCGUAUCAACGAUAUCGCUUACUCUUCUGAUGGUUCUCGCGUCGAAUUACUUUGCAUCAAGAAUGCGAAGGAAAACGAGCUCCGCGGCGCCAUCAAACUCAUUGAGCCACAUGAGAGGAAGAACCUGAUGAAUCUCAAUGAGCAACAGGCCCAAAAUGGCGAAGAAGAAGAUCAACAAAAUGGAGAAGAGGAGCAACAGCAAAAUGAAGAGCCAGAACAACAGAACGAUGAAGGAAAUGACGAUCAGCAACAGAGCGAAGGCGAAGAAGAGGAAGAAUUCUUUGAAUUAAAUAAUACUUGCAAAUUAGCAGUUGACGAGUAUGGCUGGCGUGUUCUUUCCGCAUGUAUCUCCUACAUCAAGGACAAAUCCGUUGUUAUGGAAGAAGUUUUACCCAAUUUGUUCGAUAUGUGGGACUGGAUUAAGAAAAACAAAUACGUACAGCAGCUGCUUUACAGGAUUCUUGAAAAGACAAAUUCUGUCUAUUGCGGAAUCGACUUCCAAGGCCCCGAACCGAUAAAUGAUGAAUUGGCCAACACAUUAGUCAACGAUUACUUGAUUCCUGUCCUCAAAGAUUCAUUGGAUGCGUUAUACGAAAACCCCCAGGGCUCAGGAAUCAUUGUUUCGAUGCUUGAAAGGACACAUGGAACAGAGAAUUUCGAUUUGAUCGCAGAUUUAGUCUUCACAAAGGAGAAUCUCACCCACAAAGUCGCCCACAAACUUGUGAAACUCGCUAUUCAGAAGCUUGGAGGUGACGCCGUCAAAAGAGUCAGAGAAAUCAUCGACCAAGUUGGUCUGAAGGAGAUAUUGAACACUCCUGGAGCUUGGGUCGUUGCUGAACUCUGCGAGAGAGAUGAGAAACUCAGGAAACAGGCAAUCAAAGUCAUCGAAGAAAACAAAAUUCCAAAGAAACAGGCAAUAAAUGCAAUUGUAAACCCAAUUCCUCAGUCUGAGAAACAGAACAUUAUAAUGAAGAACAGAAAGAGAUCUGAAAAGAAUGAUAGAGCUAAGCGUGCUGCUAAGAAAUAA